AUGGACGCCGUGAUGUGGAAAAUAUGGUGGAGCUUGGCGUGUUUAUGUGUUGUUCAAGGUCAAAAUACGAAAAUUGUUAGAUUAAGGCAAGGUCUUGUUAAGGGGCAUAAAGAUGGUGGUGUGUACGCCUUCCAUGGUAUACCAUAUGCUACGGCUCCUACCGGACAAUAUAGGUUUCAGGCACCAUUUCCGCCCCCCAUGUGGAUAGACACUCUAGAUGCCGUGGACAAAGAAAUCGUUUGCCCACAGUCAGAUCCAUACAACAUUAUACCAAAAACAGUACAGAUGCAAGAAGAUUGCCUGAUUGCAAACGUAUUUACCCCCGAUACAGACGAGAAGAACUUGCCUGUGUUAGUCUCCGUCCACGGCGGUGCAUAUAUCAUGGGUUACGGGAACUUCGCUAAAAACAGAAACUUAGUCAAAAGUCAUAAAAUAGUAGUGAUUACAUUCAAUUACCGUCUUGGAGCUCAUGGGUUCCUGUGCCUUGGCACGGAGGAUGUACCAGGCAACGCUGGUAUGAAAGAUCAAGUGGCCCUAUUAAGAUGGGUGAAAGACAAUAUAGAGAGAUUCGGAGGCAACCCAGAAGAUAUCACCAUUUCCGGUUACAGCGCUGGCUCCUCUUCCGUCGACUUGCUGAUGUUAUCAAAGACUACGGACGGUCUCUUCCAAAGGGUGAUUCCUGAGAGCGGGGCCAAUACAGCCGCGUUCAGUAUACAAAGUGAUCCUAUUAAAAAUGCCAAAGAAUACGCGAAGUUAAUCAACUUUACGAAUGUAGAAGACUUUAAGGCUUUGGAAGAGUUUUUUAAAACGGUUCCUUACGACAAGUUGUCAUCCGCUGAUGUUAUAAACCGGUUCGAUAGUACGUUUUUAAUGUCCCCCUGUGUCGAAAAUGGUAGAGACGAGGAACCUUUUCUCACGGAGAGUCCAGUGGAUAUCUUGAUAAGUGGCAAUUACAAGAAGCUGCCGAUGUUGUACGGGUUUGCUAACAUGGAGGGCUUAUUUCGAGUUCCCGUUUUUGAUCAGUGGAAGGACGCAAUGAACGAUAACUUUGAAGUAUUUCUACCACCCGAUUUACAGUUUAAGGAUGACAAUGAGAGAACUACAGUAGCCAAUGAAUUGAAAGCGUUUUACUUCGGCAAAGAUCCCGUGGGGAAAGAGAAUAUUUUGGACUAUGUGAAUUUCUUUUCUGACGUGAUCUUCGUUUAUCCAACACUGAGGUCGGCGAAAUUGCAAGUGGAGGCGGGGAAUAAGAAUAUUUACUUAUAUGAAUACUCAUUUGUCACGGAAGACGUACCGUUUGUGCCUCACACAGAUGUUCGUGGAGCUAACCAUUGUGCCCAGUCCAAUGCGGUUAUGGACGGCAAUAUAGCAUCAGAUGUAGACGAAACAGAGCUUCCAAAGAGCCUGCAAGACAUGAAACGAACGAUUAGAGAGAUCUGGGCCAACUUUAUUAAGACCGGGAAACCGGUUCCCGAAGGUUCCGAUCUACCUGCUUGGCCUCCAGUUGAAAAAGAUUGGGCUCCUCACAUGGUGCUAGAUCAGCCUCUGGUACUAAAGGGAUCGUUACAUAAAGAAAGAGCAGAAUUUUGGGAAAAUAUAUAUCAGAAAUACUAUAGAAAUCCAAUUUCUCCUUCUCCACCCCGGAUACAUACCGAACUUUAA